AUGAGUUUAGAAAGCAUCAUCAAGCCCAAUGCAAAUCAAGGGCAAAUAACUACUGUCAAAGCAGUGAUUUGUAUCCUAACAUUGACCGAGGGUAAGACAAUACCAGACAAAGAUAAGACCUGUCAUUCCUCCUCAGAAUGCGCCAAAGAUAGCUGCUGUCGUGACGAGCAGGGAACGCUGGUAGAUCCAUCCGGGUUAUUUGAUCACGUGGGACCUGUGACGGAGGUACUCAAUGGUACCUGUGUUCCUCUUCACGCCCAGUUUGACGAGAACUGUGGAGAUGCGUGCCCAUGUGAUCUGACACAAGGUCUGGUGUGUGACAGAGUCGUCUCCGACAACAAGUUUACCCCUUCCAUCUGCAGACCGAAGGAUGUGGUCAGUAAAUGGACCAAUGAUUUCCUGGACUGUUGGAACGAUGCCAACUGUGUGCUCCCUUUGUAACUUAUAAAAUAUGCAAUAUUGAAAAGUACCUCUAAUGAAACUACGAAUGUUA